CGAGACAAGCAGAGGGUAGAUGAGUUGAGUCAUCAGGACGAUAAUAAAGCACAAUUAGAGACAAUUGUCGUGAUGUCAUUCGGGCCUGGUGUGUCGGUGUGUGUCGGUGGACACGACCUGGCGUCUGAAGAUGUUCUUGCAGAAGCCAACCCCAAAACCGGUGUGUCCAUUUGGAUGCCGUCUGUCCCCUUCCCCAUGCCUGCUGGCCGAACUGGUCUGGCGCGAUCGGAGGAGCACUGCCACCCCUCCUCUCCGCGUCGGUUGGUCAGCCCGACUCUGACCUUCACGGAGAGCCCCGAAGCAACAGACUCUGGACCUUCAGAGUCACCUGCGGUGUUUUUCACAUUUACUCAUGCCCUCGAGGACCGGCGAAAAUCGGAAAAUAAAAUAAAGUUCACAUCGGUAUCUGCGUCAUAUCAUAUGUUAUUUUUUGCGGUAAAUCUGCCGGACAGAAUGGAUAAGACGACCGAAGCUGCCUGGGCAACAUGA